AUCAAGGCAGAGCCACAGGCAGAGCUGCCCGAAGCUCAGAGUCCCAUCACGGAAGUGAAGAAGAGGAAUCAGGAAGACAUGAGAAGAAUUCAAGAGGAGAUGAAUCUCCAUCAGCAGAGGGGCGAUCAACAAAACCAGGUGAGUGAAAGAGUGGCAGCCACUCCACUCAUGAAAGAUCCUCUCUCUCGUAUUUUACAGAAUUUGAAGGAACAGCUGGACACAGAGUUUCAGAAAGCUCACGCUAAGAUCAAGGCAAGGGCGAAGAGGCAGGAGGAAGAAAUGAAAAUUGUCAGAGAAAAACUUAAUCCCCUCCCUCAGGCUCUACAAAAGCAAGUGCAAGUGUUGACAUCUCACCGGGCAGCCGGCAAAGACUUCUGGCAAAUGAGUGGCAAUGAAGAGCCCCGAGGCUGGUGUGAGGCAGAGGAACUGUCCCCACCAAAGGUGCUACAGAUCUACAAGGGCUUUGUCACCAAACCUGCUGCAGCAGCAACAUUGCCUAAAGGAGCCUUUGCUCUCCAACCUGAGAAGCGGAGCCGGGGCGGUUUGCUCAUCUCCAGUGCUGACCCAGCUGCUGCUCAGCAACAGGAGAUCAAGGAUGACUCCCUGGAGCUACGGAGGAAAAUAGUGAACAUGGAAAACCCUGUGAUGAAAUACACGGAACUGGAAUAUAUUGGCAGAGGGACUUUUGGAGAUGUUUGCAGAGCGCUUGACAAUGCCACAGGAGAACAGGUGGCCAUAAAGAAAAUAAAUCUCCAAGAACUGAGGAAGAAGGAGCUAAAAGUCAAUGAACUCAUGGUCAUGAAGACAAAUGAGAAUCCCAACCUGGUCAACUAUUUAGAUAGCUACCGUGUGGAUAAGCAAUUCUGGCUGGUCAUGGAGUACAUGGAUGGAGGCACUCUGAGCGAUGUCAUCAGCAAGACCUACCUGUCUGAAGACGAGAUGGCAGCCAUCAGUCGGGAGUGCCUGCAAGGCCUGGAAUUUCUUCACUCAAACCUCGUGAUCCACCGAGAUGUGAAGAGCAGCAACAUCCUUCUCAGAACCGACGGCUCUGUCAAGCUGGCUGACUCUGGCCUCUUUGCUCAGCUCACCCCUGAGCAGAGUCAACGGAGCUCAGUGGCCAGCACUUCUGGGUGGAUGGCACCUGAAGUGGUGACAGGUCAACCAUAUGGCCCCAAAGUGGACAUAUGGUCUGUUGGAAUCGUGGGCAUCGAAAUGGUGGAACGAGAAGUUCCUUACCAGAAUGAAACUCCUGUUUUGGCUCAACUCCUGAUAGCCAUACGAGGGACACCAAAGCUGCAGCAGCCCAACCGAUUCUCACCUUGGCUGCGUGACUUCCUGAGCUGCUGCCUGCAGACAGACGAGGCGCGGCGCUGGUCUGCCAAGGAGCUCCUGCAGCAUCCAUUUGUAACAUCAGCCAAGCCAGCGUCCACCCUGGUACCACUCAUCAACUCGGUGAAGAAGGAGAAGAAGAAGACAAGAAUGUAACAAUCAAGAUAUUAUCUCCAUAACCAAGUUAGAGUAGGGUUGUAGAGUAGGACUCUAGAGUAGGAUUGUUGAGUAGUUUUGUAGUAUAGGUUUAUAGAGUAGGAUUAUAAUUAAAUAAAGUUUCUGAAGCAUCAACUCA